AUGGCAUCCGCUAUCAGAGCCAAUUGCAGGAAAGUCAUCUGCAUCGGUAGAAACUAUGCCGACCACAUCACAGAACUAAAAAACACCAAACCAAAGCAACCUUUUUUUUUCCUCAAGCCCUCGUCCUCGAUCCUGUGUCCUGGCGAAGGACCCGUCCUGCGUCCCCGCGGAACAAACCUGCACUAUGAGGUGGAAUUGGCGCUGGUUAUGGGCAAGUCGGUGCGGGAUUUGGAUCCGCAGGAUGAUAAGGGGGCUCUUGAUGCGAUUCAGAGUUAUCUCCUCGCAAUCGACAUGACCGCCCGGAACGUCCAGGACGAAGCGAAGAAAAAGGGUCUGCCGUGGACUAUCGCAAAGGGCUUUGAUACGUUCCUUCCUGUUUCGCAGGAGAUUGCUAAAUCGCGCAUUCCGGACCCGCAUAAUGCGUUCCUGAGGUUGAGUGUUGGGUCGGAGCAGCGCCAGGCGGACUCGUCGAGUCUCAUGCUCUAUCGGAUUCCUAGGCUUAUGGCGGAGAUUUCGCGCGUUAUGACGCUGGAGAAGGGUGAUUUGGUGCUCACUGGUACGCCUAAGGGUGUUGGGGAGGUUAAGUCUGGGGAUGUUAUGAGGGCUUCGAUUGAGGUUGAUGGGAAGGAGAUCGAGGAGGGGAAGAUUGAUGUUGAGGUCAAGGAUCGUGAGGGACGGUACGAGUACAGUGAGACCUAG